AUGUCGUAUGUCCGGCGUCAGCGUCAAGAUGCCCUGGCACACGCCCUUGCACAGCAGCCAGGUCCAUCCCAUCACGAAACAGCCCCAGUCCCACCGGUCGAUUCUGCUGCUUCUGCUUCUUCUGCUUCCUCAGUUUCUCCCCUGACGAUGGGUGACGGUUCUGGCCAGCAGUUUCAACAGCAACGGCGGCAGCAGCACCAGCACCAGCAGCAACGGCAGCAGCAACAGCAAGCACAGUACCACUACCGGCCGCAGUACAGUUCUUCGAAGGAGCAGCAGCAGCAGCAGCAGUAUCAGGUGAAGGGAGACGGCCGCUCCCCUGUUCGCUACUCAGCCGCUCCCGUGCUCUCUCGUCCGUUGUCGACCACCCAUGCGCUGCACCCGUCCUAUUCCUCACACCUUCACCAUCAUCAACCAAACCAACCACAACAGCAACUACCCCGGCUCCCCCAGGAUGCCCUGAACAUCCAUACCGAUAGCAGACUAGCCCACACCCAACGUGCUCUUCCUCAGACGGGGGCCGCAUCACAUCCUUCCUCACCUCUUUCUCCUGCUGCCUCUUCUCCCUCCCCUUCUUCUGCAGCCGCCAGACCGGAUACCUCCUCAGUCACCUCCUACUCUCCGUUUCCUCGCCAGUCUCAGACCACGCCAACCUUCCACUCCCUCGACAGCAGAGCUAGCCCGGUCUCCUCGCUGUCUACCUCUCCUUCCGCCCUCUACUUCCACGAGCGCAUGGCGGGCCACCACCAGGGUCAGGGGGCCAGCCAAGCGCUUUCUCUACGUCUGCAACGGUCUAGAGAGCUGAUGAACACCAACAGAGAGCCAGAGGGAGGAGAGAAGGAAAGCGAGCACAAGGGCUCAACUGCAGACAAGGACGAUACAUCGCACUCCCACUCGCCCUCAGAUUCGGUUUCCGUCUCUGCCGCUUCUAAUUCUACGCCCAAUACGUCACCCAUCAUGCCGACGAGCACGACACACAACCACCAGCACCAGCCGCCGGUUUCUACCAGCAAACCCCUAUCGACGUCCUCAACACCAAAACCCACGCCGCGCACUUCGUCCAUAGACUCCGCUAUCUCCUCUCUCUCCUCUAUUUCACAUCCAACAUCCCACUCGCACAAAUCCUCCGUCGACAGCCCCGCCAUCACUCCCACAGAUAUCAACAACCUCAUUUCGGCUGCCAACGGCUCGCCAGAGGCCGUUAUUGCACAUUUAGUUAAAGAGAAACAGCAGGCUGUCUCUCAAAACUCACAACUAUGGCGACUCGUGGAAAAACAGCGCCGUAUGGUCCUAGCGCUUAAUAAGGAUCUAGAGCGUGCCAUGGAGGACAAGGACAGGCUGAAGAAGAAAAUCAAAGAGUUGGAAAAGUGGCAGGAGGAUGCUGUCAAAGCCGAGGCCGACAGAAAUGCGAACAAAACCUCUAAUAGACAGCUCGAAGAGAGCACCAAGACUGUUUCUUCCCCGGCGGCUAAAUUGCCAGUGCAGACCCCUGUCUCUGAGUCGACCCCUAAACCACAACCUACUCCGCCGUCUCGACGUGCGCCUCCUGCGCCAUUACAGUUGUCCGGCAGCCAGCGUCUUCGUCCCCAUAUCGAAGUAGAGCACUCGAAUAGCCAGUCCUCUAACGGUAACUCCAACGCAGUGGCAUCGGAUUCGGAAUAUGACUCCAUUGCUGAAGAUACCGAACUUCCUAAAUUUGAACGCGGCCGUCGGAAGACCCGCGAAGAGGAUGACCGGCUACGAGAAGCCAUGCUUGCGCAGAAGGAGAAAGAAAUGUCUAAAUCGAAAUCAAAGUCAAAGUCAAAGUCCAAGGGCGGCAGUCAGUCGAACAAGAAGGCAAAGAACAUCAACCCCCCUGAAGCUUUGCAGAAGGAACAGGAACAACAGGAGGCCCGCGCAGGACCUGCACCUAGCACUGGUUUUGCGGGUAUCGGAUUACCUGCCAGUCCUCGUGCAUCUGUCUCGCCUCCCCAUGCUCCUAGACAGGCUGGACAAAGUCUAGCGUCGAUCUUGGGUCCUGUAGACGGCGCAAAGUCUCUGAGGUCGAGGUUAAUCAAAGCACCACCUAUGAGUCCUGGUCUGCCGCAAAGUCCACGGCCUGGCGAUAGGCCCAUCGGAUCUCCGAUGCCUCGUAUGCCUAGAGAAGGGCAUAUGAAUCUCUCGACACCUCUGCGAAAUGCUUUCCCGGCACCUUUCCAGACCCCCCAACCUAAUCAACCUACUAAUCAUCACAUUCAUCAACUAGUACAGCAUGAGAAGAAGCCAUCCAUAACUUCCACGUCCACGUCCACGUCAACAUCUACCACAAUACCCUCCAUCGACCCUGCUGUGCAGAUUGAUAGCUCGACUCCAACCGCCACCACCACACCAAAGACCAUUUACCGUGGUCUCGUAUCGGAUGAAUACCCGGAUCUGCUCCUCCCACCUAACUCAUUGCCAUCAAUCCUAAUUCAAGUCUCUUCAUCUCGUCUCCGCCCGUCACGGCAAAGUUAUAUGAAUUUGAAUUUUACCUCGGCAGCUGAGCGUAGCAGUCCCGACGAAGACCCUGUAUUCACCCUCAGCGUUUUUGCUCGCUCAUCGCGGUCGGAGUUAUGGCGAGUUGAAAAACCCAUCGUAGCCCUUCCGCAGCUAGACCAGCAGGUAAAGGCUUUAUGUAAGUUCCCCGGCCGGAUACCAGAACGCUCCGUGUUCAGUGGCCAUUCACCUGCAAAGGUUGAUGAAAGGCGUGCUGCGUUGAAUAAUUAUUUCGAGGCGCUACUCGACACACCUAUGGAUGACGAGGCUGCCUUGGUGAUUUGCCGGUUCCUCACUGCCGACGCCAUUGAACCAAGGGAUGACGAGACGAGUCUUGUGUCUGGAGGCGGAAAUACCAGUUCUUCUGCUGGUGGUACGCGGGAUAUCAAGGCAACUAUCCAGGUAGGGUCCGAUGGCAAACCAAAAAUGGAAGGAUAUCUCACCAAGCGCGGGAAAAACUUUGGCGGCUGGAAGUCUCGCUAUUUCGUUCUUCAUGGACCAGAGCUGAAAUAUUAUGAGCACCCGGGCGGUACACAUCUGGGCACCAUACGCAUCCAGCAUGCUCAAAUAGGCAAACAGUCUUCGAGUCAGAGUAAAGGUGGCUCAUCCUCGCAGGGUGAGAACUAUGAUGACAACCAAUACCGCCAUGCAUUCUUGAUAUUGGAACCGAAGAAGAAGGAUUCAACCUCUCUCGUCCGCCAUGUGCUUUGCGCGGAGAGUGACGAAGAGAGAGAUGCCUGGGUCGAAUCUCUGCUCAGCCAUGUCGAGCAGAUCGAGGGGGAAACCGAUGAUAAAGAUAUGGAAAUACAGAUGGACAAAGACGGCAAAGAUGAAACAGCGAAUAAACCCCGCAUACCCCUGAACAACCCAAACACAAACACAAACGCGACUAAGAAAGGCUCUUCCAAGGAUUCCUCGGAAGGCGCUGAGGCUGAUGGCCUUCGUGCGCUAAGUUACGAUGAUGUCGUCGCUGCCGAAGCGCCCAUCCGGGGUAUACCUGCGGGCUACGAGUCCACUGACUCCCUUGCAACACCGCAAUCUCACCUCGACCAAGCCAUGCCACUGACCCCCUCAUUUAAACCGAUCUCGGGUCCUACGAAUGGGGUUAAGAUCCAAGACCCGUCGGCUUGGGGUAAUAAACCUAGCACUAUGAGUUCUGUGAAGGAGAAGAAGCGCAGCAUCUGGGGUUUCUCUCGCCAGACCGCCAAUGAUUCUAUUAGCUCGACUUCCCGUCAAGACUCAAUUAGUGGAACGACGGCAUCCGGUGGUGGGAAUGGAAGCGCAUCCUCUCUCGAACAUAGGGAGACUGUACGUGCCGUGUUCGGAUUGCCUCUUGCUGAGGCUGUGGAGUUCUGUGCUUGUUCCGAGCCAGGAGCUGAUACCACCCUUCCUGCUGUUGUUUACCGAUGUCUUCAAUACCUUCGUGCUCGCAAGGCCGAGUUUGAGGAAGGUAUCUUCCGUCUUAGUGGAUCUAAUGUAGUUAUCAAGGGCCUCAAAGAACGGUUCAAUACCGAGGGAGAUUUGGAUUUCUUGGAAGGAGACGUGUAUUACGACGUCCACGCCGUGGCUUCAUUAUUCAAACAGUAUCUUCGGGAAUUGCCGAUUACAGUACUAACCAAGGAGCUGCAUUUGGAUUUCAUCAGGGUUCUAGAUCUUGACGACAAACAAAAGAAGAUUGCUGCAUUCCACACUUUGGUCCACUGCUUACCGAAGCCAAAUAUAGCACUUCUCAAGGCCCUUUCUGAAUUCCUUAUUAAUGUAGUCAGCAAUUCGGACAUCAACAAGAUGACGGUUCGAAAUGUCGGCAUCGUUUUUGCUCCAACCCUCAACAUCCCUGCCCCUGUCUUCUCUCUAUUCUUAUCGGACUUUGACCUCAUCUUUGGCGAUACACCGCCAUCUUUCCCGCAAGCUCGCGGCUCAUCCCCCGGUUCUCCUCCCGGGACUGCCCCAGGCUCUGGCUCAGGGCCGGGAAGCCCUGGCUCCAUCGAAGUCACUGUCGAGUCACCGGGUCUAAGUCCGGAAGAAAUACGCUCCCCACGACAUCAAAUGUUCUCUGAUUUACCAUGCACACCUUCUUACGACCAGAACUCUUUCCACGGUCAAUCCAAUGACACUAAUGCUUAUCGACUUGCAAAAGAAAACUACGAUAUCAAUGCUGGCUUCGUACCUAUGCACUCACAGCACCAAUAUGACCUUUCCACAACACCAAUGAAUGUGAAUGUCAGCCGAGACGGCCAGUUCAGUGGUCUGGACGGCAUGUUGGCACCAUCAGGCAGCUCCUCGCUACCGAGCAAAUCAAAACGCCGCGAGAGCUCACUGUUGUUCAUGUCACUUGGAAGCAAGAAGACCUCCUUGCCCAAGAUUCGUGACGAGGAGUAA